GUCGGCCGGCUGCUCGAAGAACUUCUAGCCUUAAAAGCAGAGAUUCCACUAGUGAAAGUGUUUGACUGAUCUAAGAAAAUCAAGAAUAUUCUUUCUGUAAAGUCUGAUACAAUGUCUGCCCCUAAAGGACCUUUCCGCCUCGUCACUGUCAACACUGCUCCCGAGAGAGCCAAGCGGCUUAUCGGCCGGAUGGUCGAGGCUCUUAAGGACCGGUAUACCAUCAUCUACGAGGCAAACUGCGAAACAAUCGAAGAAGUCGGACCCAAGGUGGAGGCGUUAAUGCCUGAUGUUUUGUUCAGUGCUUCUAUGUGGACCGAUGAGCAGGCGCAACAGAUUCGCUCCAUUGCGAGAGGAAUCAAACCUGACAUUAAGACCCAUGCCAUCCCCGAAGGAUUGCAAGUAGAGCGGGGUCCUGACGCUAUCGUUGAAUAUCUCUGCGAGAAGGUCCCACCUCUUUUGGAUGCUUAAGGUGCGAGCUAGGUAUACUAUGGGGCUUUAGAAAGGCGCCAUAGAUGUGUUUUGCCGGAGCCGAUGAUAUCCACUCUGUAUAUAUACUUGCAUUGUGACGAUGUGAUAUGAUAAACUACAACCCAACAAUAGAGUCCUAAA